AUGCUCGACUAUCAGGAGAAAAUAAUGCCAUUCACACUCCCAGAACUCGGCUACGCAUACGACGCACUCGAACCCAACAUCGAUGCGAGAACAAUGGAAAUCCAUCACACCAAGCACCACGCGGGCUACAUCGCCAAAGCGAACGCCGCGCUCGAAGGCACGGAAUGGGACGGCAAGUGCUACGGCGAGAUCCUCGCACGCAUCCAGAUGGUCCCUGAGAACAUCCGCACUGCCGUCCAGAACAACGUCGGAGGACACGCGAACCACUCCCUCUUCUGGUCCAUCCUCUCCCCCAACGGCGGCGGAGCACCAGAAGGCGAGCUCGCGGAGUGCAUCAACUCGACCUUCGGAUCAUUCGACGCGUUCAAAGAGCAGUUCGCAAACGCCGCCGCGACCCGCUUCGGAUCAGGUUGGGCAUGGCUCGGCUUCGACGAGAACGGCAAGCUCCACGUCGGAUCGACCCCAAACCAAGACUCCCCGAUCAUGUUCGGACACAAGCCAAUCCUCGGACUCGAUGUCUGGGAGCACGCGUACUACCUCAACUACCAGAACCGCCGUCCGGACUACAUCAACGCGUUCUGGAACGUCGUGGACUGGUCCAAAGGGUGCCACGGCUUGUCCGUCUUCGGCAAGCCGUGCCUUGGGUUCUUGAACCCCAUACCAUCGCGUGUGCGAAAGCAAACCCUCAUCCUCACGGCUUGGCUCGCGCUGCCGUUCAUCUGCCUCACGCUCAUCAUGGCGUGGAUCUUCGUCUCGCUCGACAAAGACCGAUUGAUGAACGAGCCCCCAGUCGGCGCCGGCGCGGGAGACACCGGGAACGCCAACGCGCUGGGACAACUCCUUGCCGGUCGUGACCCUGAUGAAAUUUCAAAGGCCAACGACGCUCGAAGAGAAGGCGCUGCCGUGGAUUGCUUCAACUGGCCCGGCGGCACGCUUUUGACAUUUGAGCACACCCCGUCCCCAGAACUCAGCGAGAUCACCCUCGAAGCACAGAUCGUGCUCAUAUCGCAAGGGGAUAUUACGAUCCUUGUCCGCCAUCCUGAACAACUCGAAGGCAACAAGUGGGGGAUUCAACUCGAUCAGUUCGAGACGACGAUUGAUAAAGCGCAGAUCGCAGUGGGGUACAGAACCGACAGCUCGGAUUCGACCGAUUGGAAUCAGACGACCAUCCCGCUCACCGUUGUUGCCGGCGACACGCUUUCUUCGAUCUGGCGUGCCUACCCCGAGCUCGAUCGGUACGACGACGAUGUCUGCAAACGCUACAUCAAACGAGCGAAGCGUCUACAGAACGCGUGGAAGUUCUGGGUGCUCGUCCUCAUCGCAUUGCCGUUGUCAUUGUCCGUUUGGCUCGGGGUGAUGUUCGGGACUGGUUACUUGCUCAAUGAGUAUUUCUACAAUAUCUCAGAGACACCAGAGACCAUUAUUCUUCUCUUGGUUGGUACGGGCAUCGCAUGGAUGCCUGCGUUCACCGUACUCCUGAUCCGUGAUCGCUGGCUGCAUCGCUGUAUCCGCAAGCAACUCGUCGGCGUCCAGUGCCCGCCGUGCGGCUACUCGCUCAUCGGACUCACGAUCAACAACCCCGAAGCCCCAAGUGUGCACUGUCCAGAAUGCGGACAGGUCACACUUCUAAGUGACCUGGGGCUGACCGAAGCGGACAUCGAUCCAACGUUGAUCGGUGAAGCAUCAUGA